UAGAGAUACACACAACCUCACACGUACACGCACACAACCACACACACUCAGACAUACUGCAAACUCUCCACAGGAAACUCUGAGCCAUAAUGCGAAGGCACCUCAGAGCAGACGGGUGCAUUGCUCAAACCAAGUGGGAUACGCUGCGGCUUUGAUAGUGCGUUAAUUACUCAUGUGAUGUGAUACAGAUGUCUGGGGGCUUCAGCCGAAAGUUUGCCUGACGGUUUCCAAGGGGGCCAGGCAGACAUUUUAGAAGCGUGAUAUACUGGGACAGUCUUUCAAUCAGUGAAAUCAAAGCGCCAAAUGUGCUCCAUAAUGGGCACCCCAGCUGUGCAUAUGUUGGUGCUAAUGGCCUGUAUGGCAGCCAGAGGAAUGUGCCAGAUAAACAGAGCCGAAACAGAGGAGGCUUCUCUCCCAGGCUCCCUCGUCCACUCCACACGCCAGUCUCCAGGUUUCUACAGCACCAUCAAUCCCAGCACGGGGCCCGGCCUCGCUGAUGUGCAAACUGUAAGUUCUGGGAAUGAAACUGUCACAGAGACGCCCAUACCGUCUCCAAUGUGUGAAAAAUCUACCUCCGUUAACGACUAUUUCAAGUACAUCAACACCAUCAUAUCCAUCCAUGUGUUUGUGAUCGGCAUUGUCGGCAACGCCACCCUGCUGAGGAUUAUAUACCAGCACAAGUGCAUGAGGAACGGGCCGAACGCCCUCAUUGCUAGUCUGGCACUGGGGGACCUUAUCUACAUAAUCGUCGAUAUACCCAUCAAUGUAUACAAGCUCCUGGCGUCAGGCUUUCCGUUUCACAACAGUGUUGUUGGCCUGUGUCUGUGUAAGCUGUUCCCCUUCCUGCAGAAAGCCUCUGUGGGCAUCACUGUUCUCAACCUGUGUGCCCUCAGCGUGGACAGGUACAGAGCUGUGGCAUCCUGGAGCAGAGUUCAGGGAGUGGGCAUCCCUCUGCUUACAGUCGUGGAGAUUGUAACUAUUUGGUGGCUGUCGCUCAUCCUGGCAGUACCGGAGGCUAUUGUUUUCGACAUGGUCACCUUCACCUACAAGAAUGAAACCAUGCGCACCUGCAUGCUUAACCCAAAGUCUGACUUCAUGGUGUUCUAUACGAAAGCAAAGGACUGGUGGCUGUUUGGCUUCUACUUUUGUGUACCGCUGCUCUGCACCGCUGUGUUCUACACUCUGAUGACCUGCGAGAUGCUCAACCACAGGAACGGCAGCCUUCGCAUUGCCCUCAGUGAGCACCUCAAACAGAGGAGGGAGGUGGCCAAAGCCGUGUUCUGCCUCGUCCUCAUCUUCGCCCUGUGCUGGUUUCCACUGCACCUCAGCAGGAUCCUGAAGAAGAUGCUUUACAGGCCAAAAGAUAGAAAGCGCUGUGAGCUGUUCAAUUUCCUGUUGGUCCUGGAUCACCUCAGUAUCAACCUUGUAACAAUCAACUCCUGCAUAAACCCCAUUAUCCUCUACUUUGUCAGCAAGAAGUUUAAAAACUGCUUCAAGUCGUGUUUGUGCUGCUGGUGUUACUCUGACAACCAGCUGAGCAGCAUCGGACCCAUGAAUGGUACCAGUAUCCAGUGUAAGAGCCCCGAGCCCAACAACGUCCACACUGAUCGCAGCAUGAGGAAAGACAGCGACUGAUCUCUCACCUGAGGACUAUUUUCAAGCUCUCCCAUAUACCCAGCAGCUUUUAAAAUACAACCAGCACUCAUCCUAAAAUAUAUACAUCAAAAAGUACUUCAGACAAUAUGCACAUCCUUAGGACCACUGAAGCAACAAACGAGCCUGGCAGGGAUGGAUCAGGAACUGGAGAUAAAAGGAACAAACAAUAGAUUUGGCACACAACGCUCUGAAGUUUACCAAGCCUCUCAGUGGGCUAAACUUCCUAAGACAAACUCCUUGUAUUCCCACACCCAUGGACAGUGACACUGUAGCGUGAGAGAAGAAGGGGGAGGGCGGGAUGAGGAGGAGGAGGACUCUUUUCUACAGGAUGCAGCUGAGCGGUGACUAUAAAUUACUCUCAAUAAGUAGGAGAGCGUGCUAUUCCUGUAAAGGGCAGCACUACUGGGAAGGAUGCACGAAGCUGCAGGAAGGAAAAAGUAGACAGCUCGCUGUCAGAGGGAAUGAUGGGAGAUGAGUAUGCGUCGUCCCCAGGAGUUUGCUGCUCAUUGACGGUGGAAAACAGGAAAGCAUGUUACUGACUGCAGACAACAAUUCAUUCUCCAUUAAACAUGCGGGUGGUUGCACAGUGUAUUUUACUCACACUCAUUAUUCAUUAAGCUACUUUGUGGUAUAAUAAGAAGAAUGUUUUGGAGUUUUUUCUUUUUCUAAUUUAGUAGGAAAAGAGGGAAAAUGUGUUUAAACAAUAAAAUGCAUCCUAAAUUUAAAAAACCUUAAGGUCUGCUUAAGAUAAUCAUGAUCCACAUACUGCCAAACUUCUGGUUAGUAAUCCAAAAAUGACAGAUUUCAUAACAGAAUCACAUCCAGUGCCAGAAUAAGCCAAAAUACACUGGCACAAAACCAAGUACAGUGUUGUAGGUUUUAAAGCUGAUAAGGUAUAACUCUGUAUUUACAUACAUGUCAAACAAAUGAUAAAUAUGAGGUAAUGCAUUACGGUAGGUCACCAAAAUGGACGUGAAUUUGAUUUUUUUUAAACACUGUGAAUUUCAACAGAUAUAAUCAACUUGUAUAACCAGUGGAAUAUAUUCAGUAUGUAGGCCUAUAGUGUCCACUUUUAUAAAGUGUUAUAUUGCAGUUAUAUUAAAGUAUUUUAUUCAGACAACAUUACUUGUGUAAUGACAUAGGCAAAUGAGUUUUUAAUGGCGGUGAUAAAAGCUCCAAAUAUUGAAGGAGUAGUUUCACAUAUUGGAAAACACCCUGAUUGGCUUUCUUGCCGAGAAUUAGAUGAGCAAACUGACACCACAAUAAAUAUACGCACAAUGAAUAUUUGGAUACAGCCAUAGAUUGUUAGUUUGGUUUAGAGUGAAGGCUGGAAACGGUUGAAACAGCCAGCCUGGCUCAGUCUGAAGAUGACAAGAUCCUCCUGCUAGCACUUUUAAAGCUCACUAAUUAACAUGCUCUUUAAAGUUAGUUUAAUCUGUAUCAAAGUGCUAGAGUGACAGUUUUUAGGUUUUCCCUGCUCAUGAUGCUCAUAGGCUGACAUUUUUCACAUGUUGCGUUGCUGUCAGGCAUAUCAUAGUAAUGCUGUCACUCAUGAGUGGCAGCCAGUGUUGGACUCUCUUUACAAAAGUAGUAUUAUUACUUAACUUAUUAGUGUCUGCCCAUCGUAAAGACUUGUUAUAUUACGUUUCUGUUACACCCCACUAAAUUGGUAGUAUCAUCCUUUCUCCUCAAAAUUCAGGCUUGGCAUUAGCACUUGUGUAAAUGUCAGGGCAAAGUGCAGCUAAGGCUAGAUAGCUUUCAAAAGAUUGAUUGAUUCCCCAGUGAUCGAUCUGAAAGAUCAAGAGAGUCAUGGAGGCAACAUGUCAUCCACCACAAAACCAAAAUGCUAGAGUAACAAUUUUUAGGUUUUGCUUGUUAGCCAGCAGUUAGGGUUGCCAGCAUCCUGAAAUGGUGAUAAAGAAUGAUAGUUCUGUAGCCUUUUCUUUUUUGCCCGGCUCACUGUGCUUAUAGUUGGCAUUUUUUAAUUGUUGUGCCAAUGUCAGGUGUAUUGUGGUAAUGCUGUCACUCAUGAGUGGCAGCCAAUGUUGGACUUGUCCCACAGUAAGUUGUUGCACUACUCGUUAUAUUACCUUUCUCUCACAUCCCACAAAAUCCUUUCUCCUCAAAAUUCAGACUUAGCAUGUGUGCCUUUGUAAAUAUCAGGGUAAAGUCCAGCUAAGUCUAGAAAGCUUUCAAAAACAUUUUUUUAUCUGAGGAUCUUUCGUUGUCUGCGAUUUUCUUCCCCAAUGAUUUGUCUGAGUCAGUUGUGGAGAUAGCCAACAUUUCAUCCACUGCAUAUCCAGUUACAAAGUUCAUUAGCUCUUUGUCGUUUGUAGCCGGCAGCUGUCCACGAUUAAAAUCCAGUUUGGGUUGUUUAGCCAUUGCAGAGCUCCAGCCAUCCCCUGCAGCCGAGGUAGGGUUUAUCUCCACAUGCUUCACGUUGUGCUGUUGGUUGUAGGAGUUGUUUCAGACCUGGUUUGAGGACAUGUUUUUCUCAGUGAAGAGACUUAGUACCACUACCUAAAACAACAAAAUCAAUGUAAUGACAAUAUUUCCACCUGCUGAAUAUAUCUCGUAUCAGCUCAAUACAAAAUGUGUCUUUCAGUUCUCAAUAUUUUACAGCACAGUUUGCGACCCUACGAACAGCUAACAGGCUGCGGAAAUGACUGUAGCUAAAAAAACAAACUAGAUAGAUAACAUGUAAAUUAAUGAGCUUUAGAGCUGCUGACAGGUAGAUUGUGUUGCCUUCAGACAGAGCCAAGCUGCUGCCCCCUGUUUCAGUCUUUAAGCUAAGAUAAGCUAACUGGCUGCUGGCUGUACAUUUAUCAAGCAAACAAGAGAGUGGCGUCAAUUUUCUCAUCUAACUCUCGCCAAGAAUGUGAAUGAGUCCAUUUCUCAAAAUGUCAGACUAUUCUUUCUCUGUUAAAAUCAUAUUAAGCUACCAAAAACUACACCGCCUUAUACUAUUUUAUAUGUGAAUAGAUGUAAACCUGUGUGUGUGUGUGACUGUUUGGUAGCAUGUAUGUGUGUGUGUGCGUGUGUGUAUAAUUACUUGCACUUCUUUAGUUGGAGUGUUUUGCACACUUGUGUACAGAACAACAGGCUGAUAUCUGUACAGUUUUACUUUACCACUAUCCAUCAGAGCAAUUCAUAAUGGAAUCCAUAUACUGUUUGUUGUCGUUGAUGCUGCUGCUGCUUAAACCAAUAAAUCAAUUUCCAUCUCCACUGUAA